AUGGACGGUGCUAUGAUGGAGAUUGGCCCGUUCCGAGCAAGGGAUGGCGGAGAGAAGUUGGUGGAAAACGAGGGCUCGUGGCAUAAAUAUGCGAAUGUGCUGUUUAUUGACCAGCCUUUGGGAACCGGGUUUAGUACUGCCGAUACCAACAGUUAUAUUCAUGAGCUGGACGAGAUGGCGAAUGAUGUGCUGACGUUUUUGGAGAAAUUUUUCGCGAUCUUCCCCGAGUAUUUGACUAAUGAGUUGUAUUUGGCCGGCGAGUCGUAUGCCGGUCAGUAUAUUCCCUAUAUCGCACGUGCGAUGGUGGAGUCGAACAAGAAACUCAAGCCAGGCAGUUAUAAAGACCCUCAGGGCAAACAUUUGUUCAAUUUGAAGGGUGUCAUGAUUGGUAAUGGAUGGAUAGACCCUAUUCACCAGUACCUGUCGUACGUACCUUAUUCAUACAGUGUUGGUCUGUUAAAAUCGGGAACUAAAAUGGCUAAUGAUGCCGAAGAGGCUCAUAAAAAGUGUGCUCAAGCAUUGUCGGAUUCAGAAAAUUAUAGUGUCCAUUUGCGAGAAUGCGAGACGAUUGCGAAGUCCAUGUUGAGUGAUUUCAGUGACCAGAAGGACUGUUUCAAUAUCUAUGAUGUCCGUCUGACUGACAGUUAUCCCAGCUGUGGAAUGAACUGGCCGCCAGAUUUGACCAGUGUCAAACCUUAUCUUCGCCGACCAGAUGUUCUCAAAGCUCUUAAUGUGCCGUCUGUCAAUGGCUGGGACGAAUGUAGCGGUGCCGUACAGGGCGCAUUCACCGCAUCACACUCGCCUCCUUCUAUUCAGAUUAUUCCUCAGUUGAUUGACGAUGGUGUGAAUGUGAUGAUGUUUAACGGUGAUCAGGAUUUCAUCUGUAACCAUUUGGGUAAUGAGAUGUUAAUAGAUAGCAUGACCUGGGGAGGUCGUACUGGGUUCGACGAUUCCGUUGACAAGUCAGAAGCAGAGAACGAGUGGCUUUUCAACGAUGUGGCAGGAGGAACUGUCACCGCUGGCCGUAAUCUCACUUAUGUUCGAGUUUAUAAUGGAAGUCACAUGCUGCCAUGGGACCAACCAGAGCAAACCCGGUUUAUUUUCAAUGUUUUUUCAGGUCUCACUACCUGGGACAGCCAAGGAGCUAUAACCAAUGUUCACCCUGAUGCAGAUGCAGACCUGUCCCCCAACAAAGACACUGAGAAGGAAAAACUCGUCAGCGACGCUACCUGGCGAGCUUAUUACCGAGCAGGAACAGUGGCUCUGGUAGUGGUGAUUAUCAUUGCUCUGAUUGUGAUUGUAUUUGUAUACCGAUCAAGACAGCAGUCAGGACUGCGAGUCAUGGGCAGAUUCUCAGAAAGAAACGCCAGCGGGCUGUUCAAAUCGUUCGUCAACGGGUUCAGCAGAUGGAAGGCUCCACACAAAGACAACGACCAAGACGGCAGCUACUACGGGCUGUCGAACCUACCACGACCUGGCAUGCCCAGCAUCAUCGUCGAAGACGACGAAGAGUCCGCACUCGACACAGGCAGCAGCGUCGGCUCCGACGAAGUCGAGUCCCCCUACAACGACAGCUCCUCCAACGUUGUCUUCGAGGCCCCUGAAGACACCACCAAGUAA